AUCUUUUAGUGGAAAGAGAAAGGCAGGCAUCACAUUUUGAUCAAGUGAUUGCUGGUUUUAGUCAGAGUGAAGUGACUUUACUGUGUUGCUGCUGAAUACCGAACUUGUUAAUUGUUUUACACGACUCUAUUAAAGCGAAUUCGGCGCAUUCAUCCUUUUACUAGUACUGACAUCGUCGCGUAACUGAACGUAGGAUAACGUACAGCAUAGCUAGUGGCAACGUUACCCCAGUUAGCGGCUCACGCCAUUCUCCUUAAGUGAGCAUUUAAAUCUGCUUAUCUGCGCUUCUAGUAGCUGUGUUAGGGUGAGGUAAACGAUUGUAAGGACGUCCUAUUAACAGGAGAAAAUGGGACUGUUUUUCACCAAGUUGAUGACCGUGUUUGGGGAUAGAGAGCAUAAGGUGAUCAUAGUGGGCUUGGAUAACGCUGGAAAGACUACAAUCCUUUAUCAAUUUUUGACAAAGGAAGCGGUUCAGACAACUCCCACCAUUGGCAGCAACGUUGAGGAAAUAGCUGUGCGGAAAACACGGUUCCUUGUCUGGGACAUCGGUGGACAGGAGAGCUUGAGGGCCAGCUGGAGCUCCUACUACUGCAACACAGAGAUCGUGAUUUUGGUAGUUGACAGCACCGACCGUGAGCGUCUCACUCUAACCAAAGAGGAGUUACAUCGAAUGCUUGCGCACGAGGAGCUGCAGAAUGCGUCAGUACUGGUUUUGGCCAACAAGCAGGACAUAAAAAACUCCAUGUCAGCAGCAGAGAUCUCCCAGUGCCUCACGCUCAGUUCAAUCACCACUCAUUCUUGGCACGUUCAGGCCUGCUGUGCACUCACUGGAGAAGGGCUCCUACAGAGUUUGGACUGGAUGAGGUCUCGAGUUCUGGCCAGUUAGGCCUCAGGACCAUAGCCGUUCACAUCCUCACACCAUUAAGACAUUGCCAGCCAUCAGCGUAUCUCCCUCUGGCUCAGUGAGCUUUAAGAAACUGGACCAUGCCUACCUAUGAGCUUUCUUGGGGCAAAAGAGAGGAAUAGUGUGUUUGUUUGUGUGUGUGUUUGUGUGUGUAAGUGUGUGUAAACGAGAGAGAGAGAAACAGAGACUGUGACUUUGUUUACAUAUUGGUAGUUGUGUGUGUGUGUGUGUGUGUAUGUGCAUGCAAACGUGCGUUCGAUUCUGAAUGAGUGUGUCUGCGUGUAUGUGUGAGACACCGUUCUAGUGGUCCACAUUGUUUACAUAACAAACUGGAUCUUUUUGAUCCCCAUGGAAAUGAUGAGCAGUCAGGACUUGUGAUGUCACUGCCCUACAGUCAUAUUGAUUGAAGAGUGCCAUUGGGUCAGUUUGCAGGGCCCAGCGGAUUGGUCUGUCCAAGGACACUAAUAACAUCACAGCUGGAAAGGCCAUUGAUGGGAAAUCUGCGGAUCUGCCACUGGUGCUGCAAUUAAGCUAUCAAUGAACCAUUUUACUUGAAGUAUUUAUAGGGAGCUAAUUUGCAUCAUAUGAAUGGGUAUUUGAUCAUUGUAUGCUGGCAAAAGUAGACUUUGUUUUUACGGUUAGUUGCUCAUGUUUUUUUUUUUUUUUUGAAAAGGAAGUAUUAUAUUUUGUGCAAAGAAAAAACAUUUUUGUACAAAUAAAUGUUAUCAGUGCUGAGACUGUU